CUCACAGAAAAAGUAGCCCAACGCCGGCCCUCCAAUCGGCCCCACGCGAACCGCGGACGUCGCCGCACCGUCUCGCUGGGCACCGCCUCCCACCCCCGUCUUCCAUCGGAUAGGUCGGUCUCUUUCUCCUUUCCCUUUCUCUCCACGGAGGCGGCAGAGGGGGAAAGUGGGCUUCGGUUCUUGGUGGAUGGAGACGGCGUCGGGAGCAACCCUCGGGAGGACGACGGGGCGAAGGCGCGCUUCCUGCCCUCACCCUAGCAGCGGGCCGCCGCGCGGGUGCCGUCUCCUGCUUUCUACGGCCUCACAACGUGCGGAACGGGGGACGGACGGCGGCGGCGCCGCCGCCCGGGCGAGGAGGCAGGGCAUGGCGGAGGGACGGCGGCAGCCUCACCCGGGCGAGGAGGCGGGGCGGGCCAGAGGGAUGGCGGCAGCGGAGGUUCGCAAGGAGAGGGGAGAGGGCGAGCGGGGCGGCGGUGCCCGGGCGACGAGGCGGGGCACGGCGGAGGUUUGCGAGGACAGGACCGGCACGUGGCCGCUUCGCGUCCACGGGACAUCACCACCUCGAUGCGCCGACUCCGGUCCUUCGUUGGGCCAACGCCACGCCGCGCACCCUCCCUCCGCUCCCCAGAUCCACCGCCGCUUCUCCCAGAUCCGCCGGUCACUUCCCUUCCCGGAGCCGGCGGGGAGCCACGGGACCCAGUGCGUGCGGGGAGCAGCUCGCGGGCGGGACCGAGCUCGCAGGAGGCAUGCAAGAGCAGCGGCCAGCAGGAUGCGGGGAGCGCGCCUGGCUCAUCGCCAGCGACCUGGCUCCUUCCUCCUAAUCUCCACCAGUACCUAUCUCCGCGGUAGCUCUCACAUCACAGCAGCGGUUGAGCUCCUGCGGCCGCUGCCGGGCGGGCCGCCUUCUCUCUCCGGCCACCUUCCUCAGGUGCCCUCCAUCGCCGGAUCAGCCGAUGGGAGCGGGCAACCUCUGCUGACAGCCUACGGCUGCAAAGUAAACUGAAUGAUCAUUCAUACCAAUGUAGCAUCGCUAAGUAAAAUAUGCUCAUCAGUUCUCAUACUUGGGCCGUGCAAAGCUCUAGCUUCUACAUCUCUCUGUGCACCUUCAGCAUCUGUAUCCGUACAGCCGUGCCAUGGUAGGUUUUCGUUAACCUUUAUGUUGUUUGUUGUAGUUUUUGUAUAAUCCUCAAAAUAUGUGUUUAGAAGCUUGAACUUAACCUUGGUAUGAUAAUUCAGCAUUUGGAGAAAAUUGGUUAGGGACGUACCGAUCUAAGGUUAUAUGCAGGCUAUGAUUAGUUUGAUGUAGCAUUAUGGGUUCCUCCAAUUCCCUAUGCACCAUGGAGAGGAAGAGCUGGAAGAGCUGAGGGCGACCGGACGCUCACCGAGCAACACAUGACCCUGGAGAGAAGGAGCCGGACGCAGGCCAUGCAUUUGGCGUUUGCUCCUUUUAGUCCAUACGCAACAAUCAGCCAAUUGCCACGCUCUCCAACGUACCUCUCUUUCUGCUCUAUACACAUGUAACCAUCAACACAUUAAUUAUUUUUUCCACAUUUCCAAAUGGGCGCGGCGUAGCGCGCAGUUUACCUAGUA